AUGAUAAGUACUAUCAGAAGACAGAAAUUCGGAAUUCUCUAUCCCUUUCUCAAAUUAACAGCCAAAUCGGUGAGAAAAAGAUCGUCGGGGUCCGGGAUUGUCGACUGAAAUACUGAAUGUCUGAAUACACUGAUGUACCUAUGCGCCACAGACUAAUCAAGCUAAAUGACGUAUUGAACUAUUGAAUAAUAUUUGAUACGAAAAUAUUUCACCUCGGCCUGUGAGACUUUAAACUGUCCACUGUUAAUAUUGAAGAGUGAAGAUAAAAUAACUUAAUGUGUGGUCUGUAAAAGAAAUGAAUAAAACUACUUAGAAUUCAUCAUGUAAAAGUGUUCAAAUUAAAGCUUUAAAAUCCAAUGAAAGUAAACCGAGAAAUUUUAGAAAUAACUCUCACCCUGUUAGUUUACUUGAAGUUUUACAAUCUUUACGCAAGUAUGUUUUUAUUAUUUUUAGCUGCUUGAAAAUAAAUAUUUUUUUUAGAGAUGAAGUUCUUUGUGAUAUUAGCUUGAAAACUGAUGAUGGAACACUAAUGUUGGGACAUAAAAAAUGUUUUAAUGGCAGCUAGCCCAUAUUUCCUUGCAAUUUUAGGUAAUUUUAAUGAGAGGAAAAAAGAUAUAGUUGAUAUCAAAUAAUUAGAUUUCACCGUUUUACAACUAUUCAUGGAUUAUAUUUAUACUGGAGAGAUCAUGGUAACUGAAGAAAAUGUACAGACAUAAAUAAAUAUUUAAUUUCUUAUAAGCUAAUAUAUAUAUAUAUAAACUGUCUUUUAAAUUAUUUGAAUGCAUUAUUGUCAAUUUCUCUGUGUUUUGUUACCAGCUGCAUAUGUCUUAUAGCUUGACUAUGUAAAAGAGGCUUAUAUGGAGUUUUUACUAAUGCAACACAAUCCUUCAAAUUGCCUUGGAAUUGGCUGAUUUGGGAAAUUGUUGUAUAAUUCUGAAGAUGUACUAAAAAACAUUUUAUGUACGACCUACAAUAUAAUCUAAUUAUUUGUUUCAGUUAGAAAAUUGUGAAAAUGAUGAUUUAUAUUCUUAGUAAAAUAGUUAAAUAUGAUGAGUUCCUAUCUUUAUCUUUUGAAGAACUAGUUAAGCUAAUCUCCUAUGAUGACCUCGUCAUUCCACAUGAAGAAAAAAGGCGAGGUUUGGGGAAAUAUAAUAAUAUGAUAGUAAUAUUUUUUAUGCAAAGAUUAUAUGUGAUGCUUUACAUUUCCAUUUACAUAAAUCAAACCCACAUGCCACAAACAAUUCAUUGUACUUCAGAGCAGCUUAAUGGUUUACAAAAAUAUUUCAGAUUUUUCUGGCUUUAAGUUGGAUUAAAACAAUAAAAAAGUUGUACAAACUGGUAUGACCCAAAAACUGAUCUAUGGGAGAUCGCACCAGAAAUGAGUGAAAA